GCUGCGCCGGGAUACGCCGUCGACAUCUUGUUCGCCGCUUUCAGUCGCCAUUGUGCCUUCUACCGAAACCCUAUGCAUCGAUUUUGGUCAUCGUGCGGCUCUGCCACCAGAUUUCCCAAAUUACAAAGCCCUUCUACGACUUGAAAACACAUUGAAUUAUGGCCUUGAAAGAGUUUGGGCAGUUGGCUACAUUAAAGGUUCAAGAAGGGUCGUAAUCGGUUAUGAUGAAGGCACGAUCAUGGUAAAGCUUGGCCGUGAGGUACCUGUUGCUAGUAUGGACAAUGGAGGGAAAAUAAUUUGGGCCAAGCAUAAUGAAAUUCAGACUGUCAACAUCAAGAGUGUUGGGGCAGAUUAUGAGGUUGCUGAUGGAGAGAGAUUACCUUUGGCAGUUAAGGAACUGGGAAAUUGCGAUCUUUAUCAACAGAGCUUAAAGCAUAAUCCCAAUGGUAGGUUUGUUGUUGUAUGUGGAGAUGGUGAAUACAUAAUAUACACAGCUUUGGCAUGGAGAAACAGAUCAUUUGGCUCGGCAUUGGAAUUUGUUUGGUCAACCGAAGGAGAAUAUGCUGUUAGAGAAAGCACAUCAAAGAUUAAGAUUUUCUCCAAAAAUUUCCAGGUUGCUUUUCUUUUUAUCCUUUUUGUAUGAUCAUUUCUUUUUAUAAACUUUAAAGCAGAUGAAAUUCUUAGUAUCUUGCUUUGCUUGGGCCUCUCAAUGCUCUUUCUUAAGUUCUGCAUUUAGUUUAAUCCAGUUUUGGUCCUAGCAUUGCUAAAGUGCAUUUGA